AUGAGCUACUACGGCAGCUACUACGGAGGCCUGGGCUACGGCUCCGGAGGCUUCGGGGGCUUCGGAGGCCUGGGCUCCUAUGGCCUUGGUUACCGCGGCCUUGGCAGGCUGGGCUGGGGCUCUGGCUACGGAGGUCUGGGCUACGGCUCUGGAUUUGGGGGUUAUGGCCAUGGCUCUGGAUUUGGGGGUUAUGGCUAUGGCUCUGGAUUUGGGGGUUAUGGCUAUGGCUCUGGAUUUGGAAACUACGGCUGUGGCUAUCGCCGCCCUUCAUGCUAUGGGGGAUACGGCUACUCCAGCUUCUACUGA